UCUCCGAGUCGUAGUGGCCAGUGGAGGUGAGCGCGCGUGUUUGUGUGUGUGCGUCUGUGCGCACGAGACCGCCGAGUACAGUCGAUGUCAGAACCGCUCAGCGCGCCGCUCGGACCGAAGAUGUUUACGUGCCGCUCUCUCCGACAUCUGAUCAUGUGACAGUUCGUGGAACUCAAGUGUUUUAUUUUUUAGUUCUUUUGUUUUGACUGAGACUGUGAGAUACCCGGAUGGGUAUACGGACAGUGAGGUGAAGUGAACUAUGGCACAGCAGCCUACGCCGCUCCAACAUCACUGCAAGGACUGCGGCCUGUUCUUCGACUCCGGCAACUCCUUGGACGUCCACCUCCAGUACCACAAGGAGAACCUCCUCAGCAAGUGGGGCAACAGUUCUGGUGAGGAGUCUAAUAAUAACAAUGUCAAGCCUAACAAGUCCCCUAGGGUGGCGGCGGUUCCCGCUGACUCUAGCGAUUCAGUUUUAGACAGAUUUUCUCCUAACUUUAAUUUCCCGGUUAACCGAGCCACUCCCCCCAGUAGUAAUUAUCAUUUCCCGUCUGCCGACAUGAGGCCUCCUUCUGUGGGCCAGGACGGAGGCAGUAGGCCCAAUUCGAAUUUCAAUCCGAAUUCCGAUCCGGACUACAUUCUAGGUUCCGGCUCCGGUUUUCCACAGAGGCGGUCACCCACGCCUACCUCCCCCUCCCCUCAUAUGUUGCAAACUUCGACGUCAUUUCGUUUUCACCCUUAUCAGCAGCCUAUGUACACCCAUCAGGACCAAAGGAACGGUGGAGUUUCCUCCUCCUCCCCCGGUGUGAUGGCUAACCACCAAGCUACUCAUCAGUGUGAAAAGUGUGGCUUUGUUUGUGAUAGUCCCAAUAGCUUGCUUGAACACAUUCAGAACUCGCAUCCUCCCUCACCUCCUGACAAUUUUGGUUUCAACAACGAAUUCAUGAGGCAUCAUGAUGUAAAAAAUGAACCCCAAGCGGAGAUCUUAGAUUUAGACUCUCACAAAGUCCAUGUGUAUCAACCCCCUCAGGGAGAUGAAGGUAGCCAGAACAGUCAGAGUAGUCAAUUAGACCCCGGGAUGGUCCCUUGGAUGCCAGGUCUUCAAGAGAAGAAACUUUACCAUCCCUUACAGAUGAAUGGUAGUGGCAUGCCUUCGCCAGAUUUUAAUGUUUCUACCACUACUCUCAAUUCUCCUGAGAUACCUCAUCAUCAGUCAUAUCAUUAUGAACACCAUAUCAGUCCUCCUAAUCAACUACCUCCUCAGAUUACCUCUUCUCAAAUGCCUUCAUUGCCUCAAAAAUCUAGUAUGCAGUCCAUGUCUAAGGGUUCAAAUAAUACUUCAUGGAAAUCGAAUGAAGCCAGGAGGCCCAAAACUUAUAAUUGUACUGCUUGCAAUAAAUGGUUUACAAGCUCUGGACAUUUGAAAAGACAUUACAAUACCACUCUGCACAAGAAUGCCGUGAAGCAAAGUGGCAUUCCUGAUCCUGCAAAUUUACCAGUAAGCAAUCACCAUCACCCGCCUAAAGAUCCGGCGCCACCGUUUAUACCUCAUCAAGAUUCACCUCCAACUUCGCAACUAGAAGAAAAUCCACUAAUGCCUAAAUUAGAAGAUGUAAAUUACGAUAGACCUCAGCAUCAAAUAGGAACUAAUGGAAAUAAUUUUUUAUCGAAUCCCCCAAACUCGCUGGCAGGCCCUUCGGAGGUUACGGGGGGCCUGCUUCUCCAUUCUACUCAAUUCCAAACCAACCCAGAGGAAAUGAGAUCUCCCCAGCAUACACUGCCCCCUAUACAGCAGCACCAGAACUUUCUACCUUUCCCGGGAGCGCCGCACCCUACCUACCCUCAGGGUAUGACGAUGUACCCAAACUUGCAGCCCCCCCACGUUUCUUCCAUCCGGCCAAUAGUUACCAACAACAUUAUUGGUAACUCGGACGUACUCGAGCAAUCGGUGGACAUGCAGCAGAUCUGGGGACGGAACGGUGAACUCAAGAGCCAGCUCAUCGCCCUGGCGACACCGACCGACCAACAAGAACCGCUGCCCAGUUUCUCACUGUUCGCCCAGAACUUUAGUGGAUACGUACCAUCGUUUUCACAACGCCAGUCCACAAGUACGUCCGAAUCGAACGUGGGGGGGCUCAGUCCUACUCAAGUUUCCAGUUUGGACUCUUUUUAUCCGUCUCAGAGCCCGAAUCAGGGCUUUCACAUCUCAGAUGUACAUACGGUCGAAGGCAACAAAUUCAGUCCUUCCAGUGAUAGCAACACUCUACCUCCUUCUGAAAGCAGCAGUUACGAGGACUCGUACCCGUCCCCAGACGCCAUGCUGCCCAGCUCCAGUGUGGACGACAUGGAGAAACCCAUCAUGCUGGACAACAUCAAAAUAGAAGACAACUCCGUGAGCAGCACGAACGGGGAACGUAACUCUCCUACAGCCCUCAUCAAGUGCGUGGACUGCGACAAAGUCUUCAACAAAGCCUGCUACCUCACGCAACACAACAAGAGCUUCCACAACGGUGAGAAACCCUUCAAGUGCGAGAAAUGUGGCAAGAGAUUCGAAUGCGAGUCGCAGCACCAGGAACACUUGAGCAAACACGCAGGAGAGAAGCCGUACAAAUGUGACAUCUGUCCGAAGCAGUUCAACCACAAGACGGAUCUGAGGCGUCACAUGUGCCUGCACACCGGAGACAAGCCGUUCUGCUGCAACAUCUGCGGAAAGGGCUUUAUCCGCAAAGAUCACAUGGUCAAGCACUGCGAUACCCACAAGAAGAAACACGCCGUCCCACCGCAGAUGAAGGUGCUCUUCACGCAGAAUCCGCAGAAACAACAGCUUGAUACUGACAUGCGUCUUCUCCCUAUUCCACUUCAGGUCAAUCACUGACUAAAGGUAACAAUCAAGCUGAAGCAAACUUUCAACGAUAAAAUUCAUUUUAAUUCUGAGUUUUAUUGCCUGACUGUAACGUUUUUGUUCAACGUGUUGUAUAUGUAGUUAUAUUUUGUAUUUUUUUAGUUAGAAGUAAGGGAAAAUAAAAACCAAAUGUUGAAAAAUAUUUUGAUCAAUUGUAAUGUUCAGAGAUAAUAAAAAAAUGUACAUAAA